ACACCCCUGACCCGGGUCCCGCAAAAGCGUAUGGGUCGCAGCUAGUGUGAACGAAGGGCCGUCCAGGCCUUGGGUCGCCACAGCUGCUGUGUUCUUGUCGCCCUUCGCGGCCCGCGGCCGUUCGAACCGGAGAAUCCCCAUACUGGAAAUGGACCAAUUUUGACAAAAUGUAGUGCUGCAGUGUGCCUCAUGGGAUUUCAGUCAUGGCAUCCGAACUUUGUAAGACGAUCUCUGUGGCAAGGCUGGAAAAGCACAAGAAUUUGUUUUUAAAUUAUAGGAAUCUGCAUCAUUUCCCACUGGAGUUACUAAAAGACGAGGGACUGCAGUACUUGGAAAGACUCUAUAUGAAAAGGAACUCCCUUACAACCUUGCCAGAAAACCUUGCUCAGAAGCUUCCAAACCUUGUGGAACUGUACCUUCACUCAAAUAACAUAGUUGUGGUUCCAGAAGCCAUUGGAUCCCUUGUAAAACUCCAGUGUUUGGAUCUUAGUGACAAUGCCUUAGAAAUUGUUUGCCCAGAAAUUGGUCGUCUGAGAGCUUUACGUCAUCUUCGAUUAGCUAAUAACCAACUGCAAUUCCUACCUCCAGAGGUUGGCGAUUUGAAGGAGCUGCAAACACUAGACAUUUCUACCAAUCGUUUGCUAACUUUACCCGAGAGGCUUCACCUGUGCCUUUCUCUGCAGUACCUCACUGUGGACCGAAAUCGUCUGUGGUAUGUGCCACGCCACCUCUGCCAGCUGCCCAGCCUCAAUGAGCUCUCCAUGGCUGGAAACCGCCUUGCAUUUUUACCACUUGGAAUUUCCAUGCUGUUUUCCACAGUGGCCAUACCAUUCUACAUUCCCACCAACAGUGUACUAGAUUUAGGGAGAUCUCGAGAACUCCAAUAUGUGUAUGUGGAUAACAACAUUCACCUGAAAGGCUUGCCAUCUUACCUGUACAAUAAAGUCAUCGGGUGCAGUGGCUGUGGUGCUCCUAUUCAAGUUUCCGAGGUAAAGCUGCUUUCCUUUUCAUCAGGGCAGCUAACCGUCUUCCUCCCAGCCGAGGUGAAGGCCAUAGGGACAGAGAAUGAUCACGUCUUGCCCCUGCAAGAACUGGCCAUGAGAAGUCUGUAUCACACCUACCACAGUUUUCUGAAAGAUUUGAACUUUCUGUCUCCAAUCUCAUUACCCAGAAGUCUCCUGGAGCUGCUGCACUGCCCCCUGGGACACUGCCACCGAUGUAGUGAGCCCAUGUUUACGAUUGUCUACCCCAAGCUCUUUCCCUUGAGAGAGACACCAAUGGCAGGGCUGCACCAAGGGAGGACAGCUAUUAGUUUUGUGGCUUACUGCUGCUCCACCCAGUGUCUGCAGACUUUUGACCUGCUGAGUUGAUAAACACUCAAGAGCCCCAGGAGAGCUGCCAGAUUGACACUGCAGCUGCCUGUGUGUCACGUGCUGUGUGCGGCAGGGGCAAGAGAGUCCAGCCAAGCCAGGCCAAGCCCGAACAGGCCCAUCCAUCCUGUCCUGUCAAAUGUGGGGGCACUGUAGAACUCUCUGGAAAUGUCAUGAUUGAGCUCCAGAGCUAAAAUGCCUUCACCCUUCCCCCAAGCUGGAAUACAUACUACCCCAAAUUAAGGACA